AUGAUCACUGUGCAAUCUACUGCGUACCUUCUUGCGGCUUGCGGGAUGGCCUUGAUGUGGAAGUUGGUCACUCGCAGGAUGAAGCAAGCGUCCCUCCGGAAUAUUCCUGGCCCUCCGAGCAAGUCUCUCUGGUCGGGAAACAUGAGCGAAGUCCACGAUCCUCAUGGCUGGAAAUUUCACGCCAAUAUUGCGGCCAAAUUUGGCAGAGUAGUGAAAAUCAACGGCAUUCUGGGCGACACCUUCCUCUACGUCAGCGAUACUCGUGCGCUCUAUCAGAUACUCAUCAAAGACCCUGAUGUAUUCGAAGAACCUUCAAUGCUGAUCGAGAUGAAUAAGCUCAUAUUUGGGCCGGGUAUAGCAUCGGCUCUAGGGGAAGACCACAAGCGACAGAGGAAACACCUGACCCCCGCGUUUUCUACCAGACACUUGCACCACAUGUUUCCCAUAUUUGAUCGGAUAGCUCACCAACUUCGGGACGUCUUAAUAGUCAAGAUCGAGAACGAAAAGGGAAGGGCCGAAGUCGACAUGAUGGAUUGGAUGUCCCGUGCUGCGCUCGAAAUCAUCGGUCAAGGAGGGCUUGGAUACUCAUUUGACAGUAUGAACGUCAACGCCAAAAAUGUGUAUGCCAACGCAACGAAGCACCUCCUACCGACGAUUGCGUCCCCUAAGAUGAUGAUCACAGGACAGUUCCUGCCUUGGUUGGUCAAGAUCGGAAAUGCCGCCUUCCGAAAAUUUGCGGCGAAAUAUGUUCCAUGGAAAGAAUGGCAAAAUCUCGUCGGGAUUGUGAAGAUCAUGGAUUACACUUCUCGACAUGUGUUCGAUAGUAAGAAAAGGGCUCUGGAGAUGGGCGAUGAGGCCGUCUUGAAGCAGGUUGGAGAAGGGAAGGAUAUUUUGAGUGUUCUUCCUUCGGAUAGCACAUCUUCGGCCCUCUCUCGAAUUCUUCACAUACUCGCCGAGAACCCGUCAGCUCAAGACAAACUUCGUGCAGAAUUGUCCAAGGCUACGACCGAUGGUAGCCUAGAUUUCGAUGACCUAAACGUGCUCCCAUAUCUCGAAGCUGUGGUACGGGAAACUCUCAGGCUGUAUAUCCUCCACUUGCGAUUUCCAACCGAACGUAAGUGCACUGGGUCGAGGAUGCAAGAGUAUUCACUGAGCGCUUCUUGCAGCUGUCGCAAAGACACGAUGUUGCAGCUUGGGACACCGACUAUCGGGGUCGACGGACAAAAGAUUUCGGAAAUCUUCGUCCCGAACAACACAGGCAUCAUCAUCAGCAUCCUCUCCGUUAAUCGAGAUCCAGGCAUCUGGGGCCCGGAUGUGAUGGAGUGGAAGCCCGAGAGAUGGCUCGCGCCACUGCCUCCCAAUGUCAAGGAGUCUCGUAUUCCGGGAGUCUACGCCAACACUAUGACAUUCCUUGGUGGAGAUCAUUCAUGCAUUGGCUUUAGGUUUUCUCUGUUGGAAAUAAGUCAGUCUUUUACAAUGACUGAGAGGGGACUAGUUCUGGUGAAUGCUUACUCAAAACUUUGUGCUCGCUUUCAGAAAUAG